AUGUCUUCCGCUCUCAGUGAGCCACUUAUUGCCACGAACGCCACCGACGAUCGUGAGAGGGAGCCCUUCGAAGUUGUGGGUCCACCUCAUCAUUCUCGCGUUAGUCAAACAGACAAUGAUGAAAACAAUCCACCUUCUCUGGUUGGAAGCUAUAUAAUUAAAGGAGGAGGAGGAGGUUAUAUUCAAGAAGUAGAAACAGAUGGCCUGGAAUAUGAUUCAAACGAAGAUGAUUCCGAUGCUGAAUAUGAUGACUAUGAUUUGUCACAACAUGACUUUUCCAGAGGCCGUCAACCACAUCGUUACAACAGAAUGAGCAUGGCACCAAAGCAAAUGAAACGGUUCAAAGCCAUCACAGGUAUAGCCACACUUGUCAUGAUUUUUCUCAUCAUCAUUGGUCUAGUCUUGUAUCCACUCAUCUAUUUUGUGAACUUUUUAACACAACCCGAAAAGAGUGAAACUAUAUUCCUAACUCCAUAUGCUCCAAAGGCUAGUUUUAUUCAUCCCAAUUUUGUUCCUCCUUACGUUCAAGCGAUUGUUAACAUUACAACACCUUUGAAUGCUCGGUUUAUGCUCUUUUCAUUUUCCGCUAAUGCCACUGUUCAAGCUGCUGUGAUUCGAAAACAAGCAGUGUUUGAAACGUUUAUGGAUUUAGCAGAAAAAACUGCUCUUUCAUUGAAUCCCAUGUCUUCGUUUAUAUUUGAGAAGCCUUUGGAUCGAUCGAAUUUUGUAAUAUCUGCCGCACCAUUUGGAACUCGAUUCUUUUCAGUUCAAGUGUUAAAUAAUUCAGGAAUGUAUGACGAACCAGAGAAGGAUUUUAAUUUUACAACAAAUUCGACUAUUUCUAGAAACACUACAACGAUUUACAUGGUUUGGAGAAAUACUGAUAAUUCUUUAGCUCCUAUUGAAUUUAAAUAUUGGUAUUGGCUGGAAUUUGAUGACAAUAGACAUUUAAAAGCUUUUACAGGAGCAGCCAUUUGCAUUUCAAUUGCAGUCAUUCUCAUUUCAAUCGUUAUUUUGAAUACCAAGACGACAACACUUGUCAUUUAUUAUCUUGUUCGAAGUUUAAGUCCGAGUGGAAGAAGACGAUUUUUAAAUGAUAUCAAACAUUUGCCUACAACUUCACGAAGUGAACUCAAGGAGAGAGAUGUAUUGUGGACAAGAGGAGCUGACAUCACCUAUUUCAAUUUAACCUUUACUUCAUUCUCUGGAAAAACAAUUUUACAUCCAACUAGUGGAAUUUUGCAAUCAGGCAGAUUCACAGCAAUUAUGGGUCCAAGUGGAAGCGGUAAAUCGACAUUUGUCAACUCGUUAUGCAAGAGAGCUAGUAAUGGAAAACAAAGUGGAAAAAUUUUAAUUGAUAACAGAGAAAUUACUGAGGAAACAAGCAAAAUUAUUGGAUUUGUCACUCAAGAUGACACAAUGGCACCACACAUGACCGUUCGAGAAACUUUGGAAUUUAGUAUCACAUACCGAAAGAAUCGAAUGUUUAAUAAGAAGGAAAGAAUAUCUGCCAUUUUAGACCGAUUAGGUUUAUCCAAAGUUCAACACUCCUUAACAAAAGUAUGCAGUGGAGGAGAAAAGAGAAGAACAUCUAUUGGCAUUGAAUUGUGUGCUGACACUCCUGUUCUCAUUUUGGAUGAGCCCACAAGUGGACUCGAUUCAGAAACGGCCCUCUCAUUGUGUCAAACACUAAGAGAACUUGCUGAAAAGUGCAAUUUGAAUAUCAUUUGUGUCAUCCAUCAACCAUCGUUAGAAAUUUUAAAACAAUUCCAUGAUAUCAUGUUAUUCAGUGAAGGAAGAGUUCUCUUUCAUGCUCCAGUUUCCACAGUUGUGAAUGUUCUCAAGGAAAGUAUCUCACCCAAUGAAAUUCGAAAUAAUCCAGCAGAUGAAAUUUUGAGAACUCUCAUUGCACCACAAGGUGAAUUCAUUGUGGAUGCAAUUAUUAGAAAAACACAGGAAUAUGUUCAAGAAAGACGUCCAAGUAGAAAGAAGAAUUUAUUUGAGUUGGUGGAUGGAAAUGAUCAUUCUCUCAUGGAGAACUCUUCCAAACGUUAUUCAACACGAGCUGUUUAUUAUAACAACAACAAUACUCAUGAUUCGGAUGCAGCCACGAUGGCCAUCAAAAACAACAAGUCCAAACACCAUAAUAUUUCUGCGCAAGCUUAUCGAACAGCUCCAUUCUUUGUUCAAUUUAUUGUUUGCUUUUGGAGAUGUUUCAAACAAUUUUAUAGAGAUUGGGUGACGAUCAUUAUUGAGAAUGUGAUUUGUCUUGGAAUUGGAAUUUUAAUUGGUCAAAUUUUCAAGGGACUUCAUUUUGCAGGAGCGGUUCCUGAAAGUUUGUACAUGCAAUGUCCCAUUUCUUUACGAGGAAAUGCCAUGAUUCCUCAAUCAGAUAUUAUUUCUCCGUAUGCCACUUUUUUUAACAUUGCCAUUUCUCUAGUUUCAAUUAUGAGAGGAUUACUUGUUUUUGGAAAUGAUAUGAACAACUUUAAAAGAGAAUGCUAUUCUGGUCUCAAUAGUUGGAUGUAUUAUUUAGCAAAAGAUUUAGUUUCAAUGAUUGUAGUGCUCAUUCUCUCGUUAUCAUUCACCAUAGGUUUACAAGUGGCUUCUCCUCAAACGAAUUUUGGUAUUUUGUGGAUGGUCAUCUUUGCCACCAUGUUGGCAAGCUUUCCAAUUGGUUAUAUCAUUUCAUACUUUUUCACACCACACACAGCACAGUUAGCAGCUUCACUUGUGGUCAUGAUAUUCUUUGCCAUCUCAGGAAAUCAGCCAUCUAUACCAGAAAUGGAAACAUAUUCAUUUCCAUUCACGUAUAUUCAUGUUAUUUCAUAUUUGAAAUAUGUCAAGGGCUUAAUUUUCAUGAUAGAACUUGAAACAAGAAGAGGAAAAGAGUCACUCAAUGAAGUGUUGAAAAUAUAUGGCUUUGAAAUUGAAGCAUUAAGCUAUUACGUCUAUGCUCUCAUAUUUUGGAUUAUUGUUUGGAGAUUUAUUUCUAUUUAUUGUUUAUGGGCAUGGAAACCAAGAAGUUUAUUCAGUAAGGUUGUGUACUUCCUUAAAUUCAUUUUUGGAAAUAUUUAUGGGCGUAUCAGUAACGCAGGUUCAACGGUAAAGCUCACCAUGAAAAGAAGAAUGUCAAGCAAGAUACUUCAAAAUCCUGAUGAAAUGAAUAGGUAA